UGUAUCGGAGUGUAACAAUAACAGGGGGAUUGCGGUUCGCGUGUACACGGAUGAACGUGUUUAGCUCAGUUUUAUUUCAUUUACGAUCAGGCGUAACUAUCUCUGAGUUAUCAAAUUGUUUUUGCGUACGCUUAAAGUUUUAAUUAUGUAGUAUUGCUACAGAUAUAUUAAUUAGAGGUUCCUAUGAAAGGUGUGUGAAGUUUUAUUCGAAUACAAGAUAAUGAAGUCAUCAGAUAUAAAUACAUUUCCUAUCCAGAAGCUACGUUCCCUGGUGUUCUCCUUGCUCUGUAUCUGUGAUAUCUACACUGACACAGUUUUAGCAUUAGAAUUCACGAAAUUUGACCAUCAAGCAUGGCAUCUGAAACAACAGCAACAGACAGCUACGCCUCUAAUGGCCGCCGUCCCCGAAUCAGCUGUCAUUGUUACGUCCAUGACGUCAGUCGUACCAGAAGCAACUACUGUCCCCGUAGAGAUUGUCGUCCCUAAACAGAUUGCAUCAAAGCACAACUUGCACGAUUUUCUCAUCGGGAAGAGCUUCUCAGACAUGGCUUACGAAAGCGACAUUAGCCCUGAUGACGUGGAUCUCCAGGUGGUUGACUUUGAGCUCGAGCUUGGUUGUGGCAGUGGCAGUGGCGGUGGCGAUGAGCCCACGCCUUUAGAUGGAGGAGGAAUUGCUGGAAUCGUGAUUGGAAUCGCAAUAUUCUUUGGAAUGCUUAUAGUUAUAAUCAUAUGGAUUAAAAGACGCAAAAUGUUUUGUUUCCAAUCGCGAAAAUGUCCUAACGAGGGAGGAGUUGCCUCACGCGAACUCAGCGAAGUACAUGUACACGACGACGUCCACGUCUACCACGACGCCGAAGAUCCAAAUGAUGCCAAAAAUGAGACAGCCAGACUGAACAUAGCGCCGCUGGGGUCGAAUGAUGACAGUGACUACGCCAAUGUACCAUCUGGGCAAGACAAGCUUAAAGUGCACUCCUUCGGAGUUAGUUCCCAUGAUAACGUUGAUGAGGCGACUGGCGGCAACAUUUACGAUUCUCCGAAUUUGAACAGACGCUCUGGGCAGGAUGAGUCGGCGAAUCCUUACGAAGUUACUUCGCCGGAAAAUACUACUUCUCCAGACCCCAGCAAUGUUUACGAUCUUACAGACAGGUCCAAAGAAACAGAUGAACAUGAGUACAGCCUUCUAUCGAAUACUGCCCCUUUGAUGGAUGAAGGUGAAGGUCACGGUGCAGAUUACAGAAACAUCAGUAGCGCUCGUACACCCAGUACACCUGAAAGCGGGGUGGACUAUGCAAAUGUAAAAUAAAUUGCCUCAAGUUUCUAAAAAAAACUAAAUAGUUUAAUAGUGUGAAAAGCUACAGAUAAGUUUUAGGCGCACGAUAUAAAGUGGCAAUCCUACUACAGACAGAAUUGAAACCAUAAACAUAAGAUUACAUAUUCCUGGUAAGCAAUUGGCUGACAAUGAGUAUAUGGCUGUGUGGUGCCAUCUAGACUUUAUAAAUAACAAGACCCAAUUCAAAAUGUUUCAGCCACAACUAGAAGGAGAUGACGAAAUGUCGUCAUAUUUCCAAUGCACAGUCUGAGCUAGGACUGGAGAAGCAACGUCAUGUUAUGACGUCGCUUCCUAAAAUUACGUCAUCACACUUGUUAUUACACGUGUGCUUCGUAUGAUUAUUAUUAACUCGGUUAUGUUGAACCAUGUGAAUAAUAAAACUUCAUUUUGAAUCAGUCAAGAUGUGCAGAGAUAUGGUUUUGAGAGGCAGGAGACAGCCAUUGAUAAACAGCGCGGGUGAUGCAACUACAGUCGAUUCCCGUCGGUGGGCCCAUUCUUGUCCCAGCCAGUGCUCCAUAGCUUGUGUAACAAAGGCCGUGGUAUGUACUACACUGUUUGUGGUAUGGUGCAUAUAAACCAUUUUGUUACUACUAAUCAGAAAGAGUAGCCCAUGGAGUGACGGCAGCUGGUUGUAUGUUAUUAUUUGUAUGAAACAUUUUGUUGGGUUGGGGAGUUGUAUACGGUAUUACAUGGGCGUACAUAGGAUUUUGAAAAGGGGGGUUCCAAAAUAGAUUGCAGAGAUAUUGGGCAUAUAUUUCUAUGUUGAGUUUUGAAAAGGGGGGUUCCAAAAUAGAUUGCAGAG